AAUGCGACCGGCCCAUAGACAGUAAACCGGUCGAGCAUUUAUACCUGCAUUUAACAAAAAUAAUGUCGGAUGAAUGUCGCAGAGGAUCACAGGACAAUAAGACAGACUUUUGAUUAUUUGACCUAACGGAUUACAGAUCUGCUUUGAACCAGCUGUGAGGAAUUUUAUUUGCAGAACCCAAACAAGCAAGGACGUAAAAUGACCACUCAUAUAUUUCAAGUCAGCAGCUUGCUGCUAGAAAAUGCUGUGGAGAAGAUGAACAAUAACUUUACUUCAAUGCUCCUUGCAACAUCCGUGUUUACUCUUACGUUGGGGUAUUUAUCCAAGCUGGUGUACAAACAGAUGAAGUCCCCGGAUAAAGACGCAAAUUGUCCUCCAUACAUUCCAUCUAGUAUUCCAUUUCUUGGUCAUGCAAUUGCUUUUGGAAAAAGUCCCAUUGAAUUUUUGGAGAAUGCGUACGAAAAGUACGGACCCGUCUUCAGUUUUACGAUGGUGGGCAGUACAUUCACAUACUUGAUUGGAAGCGAUGCUGCAACCCUAUUAUUCAACAGCAAGAAUGAAGAGCUCAACGCGGAAGACGUUUAUUCCAGACUAACUACACCUGUCUUUGGGAAAGGUGUGGCCUACGAUGUACCAAACCCGAUAUUUCUGGAGCAGAAGAAAAUGCUGAAAACAGGCUUGAACAUUGCCCACUUCAAACAGCAUGUGGAGGUCAUAGAGGAAGAGACCAAGGAAUACUUUUCCCGAUGGGGUGCAAGUGGAGUGAAAGACCUGUUUGAGGCCCUGUCCGAGCUCAUCAUUCUGACAGCCAGCCGCUGCCUGCACGGGAAGGAGAUCCGCAGCAUGCUGGACGAAAAGGUGGCCCAGCUGUACGCCGACCUGGAUGGAGGCUUUACCCACGCUGCCUGGCUGCUGCCCGGAUGGCUGCCCCUGCCCAGCUUUAGGCGGAGGGACAGGGCACACAGGGAAAUCAAGCAGAUCUUCUCUCAAGUGAUCCAGAAGCGCAGACAGGCCACAGAGAAAGAGGAUGACAUGCUGCAGACCCUGAUCGACUCCACUUACAAAGAUGGGCGUCCCCUGAACAAUGAUGAGAUUGCGGGCAUGCUGAUCGGGCUGCUCCUGGCUGGUCAGCACACCUCCUCCACCACCAGCGCCUGGUUGGGCUUCUUCCUGGCCCGCGACCGCGAGAUGCAGGAGGCCUGCUACCGCGAGCAGAAGGCCGUCUUUGGAGAUGACCUGCCCCCGCUGCAAUACGACAAGCUCAAGGAUUUGAACCUUUUGGACCGGUGUUUGAAGGAGACUCUUAGACUCCGCCCACCCAUUAUGACCAUGAUGAGAAUGGCAAGAACGCCUCAGAAAAUUGCAGGCUACACCAUUCCAGCUGGUCACCAAGUGUGUGUGUCUCCCACUGUGAAUCAUCGCCUGAGUGAUACUUGGAACGAGCGCAUGGACUUCAACCCAGACCGUUACCUUCAGGAAAACCCUGCAGCUGGAGAGAAGUUUGCUUAUGUGCCCUUCGGAGCAGGACGUCACCGAUGUAUCGGGGAGAAUUUCGCCUAUGUCCAAAUCAAGACCAUUUGGUCAGUCAUGCUGCGACUGUUUGACUUUGAGCUCGUUGAUGGAUACUUCCCCACAGUGAACUACACAACAAUGAUCCACACCCCCACCAACCCUAUGAUCAAAUACACUCGGAGGAAGCACUAAGUCCCACUACUGCCCCCUACAGACAGUGGAAGCACACAACAGGAAGAACAAGUUCCCAGAGAGUGGAAUGUUGAAUUUGGACAUGAUUUCAGUGAACCUGCCGUGGUUUGUACUGUAUGUGGCUCUGAGUAUAAAUCCCUGUAUGCUGUUUUUGUCACAAUGUCCAGUUAUAUUUUUAUAAUACAUUUGACCACUAAACCAGACUGAUGUGAUUUUGAGAACAUGAGCUUUCUGUGCAGUCCAGUUUUUCCACUGGUGGAUGAACACAUGCCCUUAACCGAAAUCAUAAUCUUGAUCAUAAACAUUGUUGACUGUUUGGUUUGCUUCUAAAUCAUUUUUGGUGCAGAAUUAAGUGGUUCUAGUUAAUACAGUGUUUACUAUAUUGCUACUUUAAAAAUGAAAUGCCAGUUGAAGUACUUUGAUUUGUAUUUUUUCCCCCUCCCCUGUUCAACUCAGCCCUAGGCAACAUAUGACUGUCACAUAGGACUAAGAAGUGCUCUUUUGCACCAUACUGACCUUUAAACACAUAUGCACAUAAAUAAAAUAUGUUUUCUACUAA